UGCGAGUAAUGUACGAAAAAAACAAAACUUGGCGGCGCACGCAAGCGAAGACACAAGUGCCGGCCAAGCGAAAAGAACCAUGUCGCGCCACGCGGAGCGGGCGGCGCGCGCGGCCGCGGCCGAGGAGGCCGCGCUCGAGGCGGAGGAGCACUUCCACUUCGAGCGCGUGGUGGGCUCGUUCACGGGCUACGAGGCGGCGGUCGCGGCGGACGCGCGUCGCACGGAGCGCGCCGCGGCCCGCCUGGCGCCCGAGCUGCGGGCGCUGCUGCCGCCCGACUGCCUCGCGCGCCGCGCGGCGGGGCUGCGCGCCGCGGCGGCGGCGAACGGCGCCUUCCUGCGCGCGGUCGUCGCCGGCCGCGGCGCGUUCGGACCGCCGGGCGGCGCGCCGCCGCCGGCCGCGCCGGCGGACCCGCGCGCGCGGCCCACGGAGGCCGACUUCAGCAAGGUGCGGAGCACGCUGCACAGCUGCGUCCGCGACUGGGCGGCCGAGGGCGCGGCCGAGCGCGCGGCGUGCUACGGGCCCAUCCUGGACGAGCUCGAGCGCGUCGUCCCGCGGGACGGCCGCAGCCGCGUGCUCGUGCCCGGCGCCGGCCUCGCGCGCCUCGUGCUCGAGGUCGCGGCGCGCGGCUACGGCGCGCAGGGCAACGAGUUCUCCUACCACAUGCUGCUCUGCUCGAACUUCCUGCUCAACUCGGGCCUGCGGCCGAACGAGGUCGCGCUCUACCCCUUCGUCGACCAGCCCUCGAACUGCCGGCGCGCGGGCGACCGGCUGCGCGCCGCGCGCGUGCCCGACGUCGUGCCGGCGGCGCUGCUGCGCGGCGGCGGCGGCGAGCCGGACUUCAGCAUGGCCGCGGGCGAGUUCCUGGACGUGUACCGCGACCAGCGCGAGGCGUGGGACGCCGUCGCGGCGUGCUUCUUCGUGGACACGGCGCCGGUCGCGCUCGAGUACGUCGCCGCCAUCUGGCGCCUGCUCAAGCCGGGCGGCGCCUGGGUGAACCUGGGGCCCCUCCUCUACCACUGGGUGCCCACGUCGGGCGCGGACCUCGAGGGCGGGCUCGACGCGCGCGGCCGGCCGACGGCCGGCGCCGACGACCGCUACCUGCGCGCGCUGGAGUUCUCCUGGGACGAGCUGCGCCACGCGAUCCUGGCGCAGGGCUUCGAGCUCGUCCGGGAGGAGUGGCGCCACUGCACCUACACCGCGAACGUGAGGUCCAUGAUGCGCACCGACUACGACUGCAUCUUCUUCACGGCGCGCAAGCCGGCGGCGGAGGGUAAGUCCUGAAUUAACA